AUGGCUGAAAACUCCAUGUUUACCGAAGGGCAGUUCCUGCUCGGCACGUUUGCCAGCAACUGCAGUAGCGGCAUGUCCGUGACCAAGAUCCCUGAGCGAUGGGUGAAUUCGUGGGAAAACAAUCUCAAAUUGGCCAAGCUGUUGGAUGAAGCCGGAAUCGACUUUAUGCUUCCUAUAGCCCGGUGGAUCGGUUACGGAGGAGAGACCAACUUUCACAAAGACGUGCUGGAAACCGUCACAUGGGCUACUGGUCUACUGGCGCACACCAAGGACAUCAACGUGAUUGCUACUGUCCACACAGUUGCAAACCACCCAGCCGUCGUAGCAAAGCAAAUUGCUACCAUUGACAAGAUUAGCAACGGGCGUGUAGGCCUCAAUAUCGUCGCUGGCUGGAACCAGCCCGAGUAUGAAGCGCUGGGGCUGCAACUGCCCGCCACGCACGAGGAGCGCUACGGGUACGCACAGGACUGGUUCGACGUGAUCAAGGCGUUGUGGACCAAGACGGAGUCGUUUGACCACGACGGAAAAUUCUUCAAGCUCAAGAACAUCCUGGGCCUCCCGCAGCCGUCGCGGCGGGCGCCCAUUCUCAACGCCGCGGGCUCGGGGCAGGGCCGCGAGUUCGCCAUCAACAAUGCCGACUUCUUGUUCACGCCGGCGAUUGACCUGGAGCGGAGCAAGGGCGAGGUGGCGGCGCUCAAGGCGCAGGCGCGCGACGCGGGCAAGACGGUCGGCGUGCUGACGCUGGCUCACGUCGUCUGCCGCCCAACGGAGCAGGAGGCCAAGGACUUUUACGCCUACUUCUGCGAGCAGAACACGGACGAGGGCGCCGUGGACAACCUCGUGGCGCUGCAGUUUGCCCACGCCCAGUCGUUUCCACACGACCUGCUCGCCCUCAUCCGCAACCGCAUGGCUGCCGGCCACGGUGGAUAUCCCCUCAUCGGCACGCCGCAGCAGGUGGCUGAUGGGCUCUUGGCUCUGCACGCUGCUGGUUUCAACGGCACGACGAUUUCGUUUGUUGAUUACGUUGAGGAGUUUCCUUACUUUAGGGAUAACGUCCUGCCCAUCCUGGAAAAGGCAGGCAUUAGACGUCCGGCACGCAGUGCCUGA